AGAGAAUUAAAAUUAUCUCUCUCCUUUUCACACACACAGAGUGGUUUAGAAGAAAAUAGGAUCUAAUGGAGUACGAAAGGAUUCACAAAGUGCAGAGUGGUAUAAUAUCUCCAAGUAAGCUGAGGAUGAAGCUUAUAGGGCCUCACCAUCAAAAGAAGAAGAAAGAAGGAUCAAAUAGUCAUUCCUCAACAACUUCACCUGCUAGGCUUCACGACGAUUCUGAGUUUGUCAACAACAGUUUAUUGGCUGCCCAAAGUGGUGGAGAUUUUGAGGAAGAGUAUUGCAAUUUAGAAGCUACAGAAAAUGGCGGAAAUUCUAGUUCAGUCCAUCCAGUUAAAGGAUGUGAAGAUGAGAAUUUUGAUUAUGAUAGUACAUCCAGCUUUGAGUUUCAUAAAGGGGAGAGAUCAAUGCACCACCAUUCAAUAACAUCAAGGUCAUUUUCACGCCCUAUGUCUUCCAAGUGGAAUGAUGCCGAGAAGUGGAUAAUGAAUAGGCAAAAUGUGCAACCUAAUCAUUCCAAGAAGGUUCAAUUACAGAACCAACCAUACCGGGGCCCUGCCACUAGCAUGGUUAGAGUUGUUGACCUUUGCCCUGAAAGUAAGGAUUUGACUGAGGUGGUCAGUGGGGACUCUUGUUUGACUGACGAUAGAACAGUUGGCCCUGCAAUAAGAUCAGUCUCCAUGAGAGAUAUGGGAACAGAAAUGACACCUAUUCCAAGUCAAGAACCUUCAAGAACGGCUACACCCGUUGGUGCAACAACUCCACUCCGCAGUCCCACUUCUUCAAUCCCAUCUACACCUCGUAGAGGAGAACCAGCUCCGACGCCUACAGAGAAUUACAUUGACAAUGCUUCUCAAACUUCAACAGAAAACAAUAAAAGGGAAUUGUCGGAGGAAGAAUUAAAGAUGAAGACAAGAAAAGAGAUUGUAGCCCUUGGUGUCCAACUUGGUAAAAUGAAUAUAGCUGCUUGGGCGAGCAAAGAUGAGAAGGAUAAAUGCAAGGCUGAUGCUGCUGAGGCUGAACGAAUGGAAUAUGCUAAAAGGGCAGCUGCUUGGGAGGAAGUGGAAAAGUCAAAAGACACUGCAAGAUAUAAGCGUGAAGAGAUAAAAAUCCAAGCUUGGGAAAGCCAGCACAAAGCAAAGCUAGAGGCAGAAUUGAGGAAAAUAGAGGCACAAGUUGAACAAAUGAGAGCACAAGCUCAAGCAAAGAUGGUGAAGAAGAUUGCAAUGGCAAGACAAAAAUCAGAAGAAAAGCGUGCUGCAGCUGAAGCUAGAAGAAAUCAGCAAGCUGAAAAAACUACAGAGCAAGUUCAAUACAUACGCCAGACAGGUCGACUUCCUUCUUCGUCUUUCACAUGUUGUGGCUGGUUAUGAUAAGAAAGAUUAAGCAGCAGCUGGAAUGCAGAUCGUAAUCAAGUUUCACAUGCACAUUAAACUUUCGAGUUAGCCUCUCUCAUAAUGUCCGGUUUUGUAUUAACAGAAAGUAUAGUAUCAUGUUGAACAUUGUCCAUCCUUGUAUCUAUAUUUUUGCAACCUGCAAAUAUAAGUUUUUACAUGGAAUGAAGUUUGGGUUGGUCAUUGA